AUGCCUCUAUCUCGUCCUACAGACCUCCUCGCCCGUCUCCUCGUCUACCCACUCACCAUCACAUCCCGAUACAGCACUCUCCGUCCAAAGCCCGCCAUGUCUCAACCCGUGAACAACCACAAUCCCCACCCGGAUUUCAAGAGCGUCGAGGCGUCGCGCAAAGACUUUGACCGCGAGGAGAAAUUCCACCUCACAAAGACGAUUGACCCCUCGUGGAGGUUUGGUGGGGGCGCAAACGAGACUCACAUUGGCGGCAAGCACAUCUCCAUCGACCCGUACGAGCCCGGCCGCCCCGCCAAUUCCAACUACAAGCUCCUCAUCAGCUCCAUCAUCCCCCGGCCCAUCGCCUUCCUUUCCACGCGCUCUCCAACCGGCGAGACCAACCUCGCGCCCUUUAGCUACUUUGGCCUCCAGGCCAAGGACUCGCUCCGUCAUCUCGUCGACUCCGGGGAGUGCGUCAUCAACAUCAUCUCCGAGGGUUUUGUCGAGGCGGCGAAUUCGUGCUCCGUCAACGCGCCUCUCAAUGCGAGUGAGUGGGCCGUUUCGGGCCUGACGCCUGUUUAUGAUUGUGUGAGCGUCAAGUGUGCGAGAGCCCAGGAAGCAGUCUUUGCCGUGGAAGGCAAGUUGGAGAGUGUCAAGGAAUUUGAGAGCAAGACAACGCCAGGAAAAAUCUCAAGCGUGUUAGCCAUCAUUGAGGGGACGAGAUUUUGGGUCAGGGAGGAUGCAAUUAACGAGGAGAAGACGAUUGUUGAUCCAGCUGUUCUUCGCCCCAUGAGCCGUCUCGGCGGAAUUAUGUAUGGUAGGACAACAGAGGCCUUUGAGAUCACUCGCCCUGAUUUCCAGAAGGACUUGGGUGGUGAAGAAGGGUAUGAAAAACUGGCCAAGGCCGCCCUUGGGAAAGACUAA